AUGGGACCGGCAGCAGCGCGGGCGGGCCGGGCGCUCUUGCCGGCAGCGCUGCUGGCGCUGGCGCUGAGCCCGGGGCCCGCGACCGCCCUGCCGUGCGGCGCCGACUGCCCAGCGGGUACCUUCGUGGUGAGCGCGGGCUGCGGGCGCGGCGCGGCGUGCCGGCAGUGCCCGCCCGACACCUUCUCCAGCGCGGCGGGACUCCGCGGCUGCACCCUCUGCCGGAAGUGCGAAGGAAGAUUCAGGUAUUUAAAAGAGUGUUCCUCAAAAAGCGAUGCUGAAUGCACGUGCAAGGAGGGGUACCGCUGCAGCGGCGACGGCUGCGCCCGCUGCGACCGAAGCUGCGGCGUGGGCCAGGAGAACACCGGGAGCGGUUGCCAAACCUGCCGCUAUGGAACUUUCAAUGAUGAGCCCAAUGGCUCCUGUAAAAACUGGACAAAGUGCUCUGCAAACCAGGUCCUGGAGCCUGGAACUGCAGCAAAAGAUGUCAUUUGCAAACAUGCUUCACAUAAUCCCACUUUAGUCACUACUUUACCUACCACCUCUGCUGCAGUUCCAUUUUCUAUUACCGUGCCAGGGAAGGACCUCCAGAUGGACAUUGUCAGAAUUUCUCUUGCCGUUGCUGGGCUGUUGUGCAUAGUGUUUCUGCUGCCUUCGUGCGUAUGCUUCAGUAUCUGGCAGAAAAAGAAACUACAUGCUGUCUUCAAGAAAAUGCAUACCACACCUGAACAGUCAAUUCAGGAAGAUGAUGCCUGCAGCUGCCGCUUUCCUGAGGAAGAGCAAGGUGAAUAUCAGGAUCGUGGCAAAUCCACAGAAUUCAGAGAUCUUUUGGUGAACUAGGAAUUGGACUGUCCAGGUCAACUACAUUUGAAUUUCCUUUUGGGAACACAGAACAAGAACCUGUUUACAUAAAUAGGGAGGGUAUCAGAAUCUGUGAAUUUGAGCAUGCUAAAUAGCCCAGCCACUGAGGAAAAAGGGCAUCU